AUGUCUAACCAAUUGGAUCAUUCGCAAUGGAAGCAACUUGUCAACAGCACAAAACUCUCCGAUGUUACAUUCGCCGUAGGCUCAGAAGCUACAACCAUUUACGGACAUCGUUCCCUUAUUGCUGCGGCCAGUGACGUCUUCUUUCGCAUGUUUGUCGGGGAUCUCGCGCCUUCCCAAGGAGCACCAGUUGAAGUGCCUGACAUUGCGCCGGAAACCUUCAUUGAGAUGAUCAAAUUCAUAUACUACGACGAACCGAACGUUGAAGAUGACAAUGUAGUACUCCUGUAUUAUGUUGCCGAAAAGUACAACUUGGAUCGACUGAAGGAACGGUGUCUACAGUUUAUCAUCAAUCACGAGGAUUCAAUGUUGCGCAUUUUGAAAAACAAUACCGAAUACGGUUUCGAAAGCAUCUACGAGACCUGCCUGGAGAUUCUGGGUCACAAUCCGAUCAAGUUUUUCAACGCACCCGAAUUCAUGGCACUUCCAUUGGAUGUGAUGAGGCAGAUUGCAAAUCAACAUACGCUGAGGUGUAAUACUAAGCAUUUGGUAGACGCACUGGAGAGGUGGGAACAGCACCCAGGUGAAGAUCGGCAAGGAGCUGUUGAUCAACUGAACGCGAUUAUUGGCAAGCGCAAACAACAGUCAAGAUAUUUUCGCAUGAGGAAGUGUAAUGUUUUUGGAACGGUUAAAUUCGACGCAACUCUUGGAUACAUCCAGCUUGAGAUUUCAGCGCAUCUGUCCUUAAAGUUUACUGUGAAGCCUUUGGACGUCAGCCUGUCAACAGAUAUCAGCCCACUCGUCAGCGACGGAACGUACAAAACCUCACUCAGCUUCACCUUGAUCACAUUGCCGCUUCCAUCAAAACACUGA